AUGUCCCAGCCUGAUAUCACUGUAUACUUUCUGGGCGCUUCCCGCGCCAUUCGUGCGACAUGGCUCCUCGAAGAGCUUGAGUUGCCAUACAAUCUAGUAUACUCGAACCGAGCACCAGACGGUCUUGCACCUCCUGAGUUUAAAGAGAAAAUCCCAGCACUUCUUAAAAAGUCUCCCACCAUCAAAGAUGGCGACAUCGUGGUACAGGAAAGCGGAGCGAUCAUGGAUUAUAUCAUCGAGAAGUACGACAGUAAGGGCAAAGUGCAAUCAAGUGACCCCAAAAUACGUGCAAAGACCCGAGAAUGGGUGCAUGCAGCUGAGGGCAUGUUUGCGCUCCACGGUAUUGCAAUCCUGUAUGCACGUUGGAUGCUUCCAGAGGACUCCAGAGCUGCCUUGCCAGAGAUGGAGGAGAAACUGUCGAGAAAUGUACGCAACGACCUUGGUUGGAUUGAGGGGCAUCUCAAGCAGCAGGGGACUCGGUUCCUCAUGGGCAACACUGUCUCCGUAGCCGAUAUCAUGAUGCAGUUCAGCAUCGAGAUCAUCUACGCGAGGAAACUGGGUCUCAACGCUCAGGAAGCAGGCGAAGAGGGCGGGGAUGGGCGAUGGCCAGAAACCAAGAAGUGGUUGGAUCGCUGCAUGGCGACAGAUUCCUUCAAGCGUGCUGUCAAGAAGUCAGGCUACACUCUGCACUAG